GGUGCGCGUCUCCUGCCUGGCCCUCUUUGUCCAGCGGCGACAGUAGAGGCCGUGAUUAAUAUGGCAAAAUGUGCGUUUUUGUAUGAAUUAUUAUUUUAAGCUGUAUCACAACAUAAAGCAUAUACAAUGUGAGGACUGGUAUAUUGGCAAUGACACACCGGAGAUGUUCAUAUUAACGGACUGCAGAGCAAGAAACGCCGGAGAAAGGGUAUAGUUUGCUUCCCAAUAAUGCUAGCAAGCUAGCUAGCUUUUCGUAGCUAACUAACUCAAGUAGCUAACAUUUUACUAGAGACCGGUUAUUUUGUACCGCUUGCUAUGAAGGCGAAACUGGUCAAUUAACCAAAUUGAAUGUAGAUGAUGAAUUAUUAUAAAUCAUAAUCUACAUGUUAUCUAUCACAAACAUAGUGACUAGCUAGCGACUAACGUUACCCAAAUGUGAUAGUUGGCUAGCUAGCUGGAUAGCAAAGUUAGCUAUCUUAAUUGCUAACUUUACUCAUCUGUAACUAAGUUGUAUUAUUUUUACAGCGAGGAAGUUAGUGUUAUGCAAUUUGCAUUCUGGCAAACAUUAUCCACAGUUUCAUUCAGCCCGGCUCUUCAUCUUUUGCAAGGUGGCUGCUGAAACUAACCCUGGCUAGCCACAGUUGUUGGCCACCGAACUCCGUGACAGUCAAAGCGUUGUGCGCAAGAUAUCUAGCUGUAAAACGAGUUGUGAAUUGCAAGGGGAUACACAUUACCUAUCUAUCUAUAGAAUUAGAAUUAGUAUUGCUCAGGUCCAAAUUAUCAAGACUUUUCGUCAUUUAAAAAAAUUCUUACAUGAUAUGAACGGUGAAAUGUCACCGCACCGACAGUCAUAUUAAUGGCUGCCGAAUCGGGGAGACUACUGGCGGGACAAGGCCAAGGAAAGCGAGGCAAAGGUGGACAGAUGAAGAGUCCAGAAAAGAGGAAGAGAAAAUCCAACGCUCAGGGGGCCGGUGCCGCGUUCUCCCACCUCUCUGAGUUUGCGCCCCCUCCUACCCCCAUGGUGGACCACCUGGUUGCCUCCAACCCUUUUGAUGAUGACUUUGGCCCCCCAUCACUGCCGUCCCGACCUGGUGCGGCUGGAGUUCCAGGAGGGGGUCCAUUCCUCCCGAGCCCCGGGGCAGGUGGAGGAGGGGGGCCUUAUGGAGGCAGGAUAGGCCCCGGGGGCAUAGGCUUCAUGGGGGGCCCUGGGGGAGGCCCUGGAGGACCAGGACGGAGACCGCCCUUUGGCCCAGGACCACCCAAUGCAGGACCGCACCACCAGCUGGGCUUUGGGGGGAUGCCUGGCUUUGGGGGUGGAGGUGGCGGAGGAGGUUUCCCAGGACCCGGGGGUCCUUCGCAAUUUAACAUGCCCCCCAAUUUCAGUCCGCCCAUGCACCCGGGACCGGGGUUCAACCCUAUCCUGUCCCCUGGUGGUAUGGGCGGUCCUGGAGGAGGGCCACCGCACCCUCGGUUUGGGAUGCCCCCGCAGCAACAGCACGGACAGGGUGGGCACCCCUUCAACAGCCCCCCUUUGCCCGGUGGCGGAGGACCCAGGGGACCCCCCCAUGGCCCCAUGAACCCCAUGGGGGGCAUGCCUGGUGGGAUGAACAUGAUGGGGGGCAUGGGCGUUGGCCCAGGAGGAAACAUGGGAGGGAUUCCAGGUUUACUCCCUCAAGGACAGUUCCCUCCCUCACAAGAUGGCCCAUACCCAGGCCUCAGCCCCCCGGGCCCAGGGAACGAUGAGGGGAAGAACUUUGGCGGAGGUGGGCCCCAGUCUGGGCCUCCACAGCAGCAGCCUAACUUAAACACAUCUGGUCCACCGGGUCCCAACAACACUCCCCCCGGGCCCCCCAACUCUGGCCCUUCCCAGCCUGGAGGAGGCAUCCCUGACCAGCAGCCCAACACGCCCGGCCAGCCCCCCUCAGCUCCACCCCAGUCCAACCCCAACUCCUCCCCCACCGGCCCACUCAACGGCUCCCAGCCCCUGCAGCCGCCACCCAAUCAGCUGCAGGGGCCCAACUCUGCCAACGCCCCUCCUCCAAUAACAUCCCAACAGCAGUCAACUCCGCCGAAUUCUUCCCUUGGAUCCACCCUUUACAACCAGCAGAACAACACCCCUGGUGGAGGCUCCAUGCCAAACGCUCCCCCCAACUCUGCCCAGAACAACAUGACCAACAACAGUGGUGGGGGUAGCACCCCCGGCAGCAACCCCAACCCCCCUUCCAACUCUACCCCCAACACUCAGUCUCCACUGCCCACCGGCCCUGCUAACCCCUCCACCGGCCCAGGCUCCGGUCCAGGGAAACUGGGAGGCCCGGGCAUGGUGUUCCCCUGCGGCUUCUGCCUGUCGGAGGUGCACGACGACCAGGAUGCCAUCUUGUGUGAGGCGUCGUGCCAGCGCUGGUUCCACCGUGACUGCACGGGUCUGACGGAGCCAGCCUACGGUCUGCUGACCCGAGAGAGCUCUGCUGUCUGGGCCUGCGACUUCUGCCUCAAGACCAAGGAGAUCCAAGCUGUGUAUGUCCGCCAGGGCUUGGGCCAGCUGGUGGCUGCCAACGAGGGCUGAGGAAUGGAAGGCGGAGGAGAAUAGACUGGGAGGGAGGAAGGGGUGCAGGGGAAGAGCCAUUGACUGCUUUGAUCUCUCUCGGAAUGGCUUUGGGCUGGGUUUCCCAAAAGAAUCGUAGAGCUAAGAUCAUCUUAAUUCCAUUGAAACUCAAUGGACAAAAGAUGAUGUAAGUGGGAAACCCAAAUGCUUUUGGGAAACCCAGCCCUUGUCUACCCACCAGCUACUCACCCAACCUUAUCUGACAAGCUUUUUACAAUGCCGAAUUAAAUCUCUUUAUUAAAUACAUAAACACACACUUACAUGAAGCACUUUUAGUGACUCUUUUGGACUGAACAACUGAUUUCCCCCUACAUGAUUUCCACUCCACAUGAACCCCCCCAGACAUCCGGCCUGCCGACCAGCAAAGCACUGACACCAACACACUACCUCAUACUUUGACUGACCGGCAAGGGCCCCUCGCACUGACACACUGACUGACUGACCCCUGGUGAGAGCGUGGUCACCACACAUACCCCUGGUUCUGACCCAGAGCAGAUGAAUCCAAAGGUGAUCCAAACCGCCCCUCAAUAUACUUGAUUGUCCUCCCUCCGACACCUCCAGAGAGCAAAUGAAUGGCGCCACAGAAAAGUGUAGAUAUACAGCCUGAACAUUUGCCCAAAACACGCGUCUUGUCGGUCUUGGAAUGCAGGAGAAUCAACCAAUGAACGAAAAAAAAACUACAUUAUGUCUAGGUUCUGUCAAUGGACUUUUUGUUUUUAUACAUUGAAUCAACCAUUUUUUUAUAUAUAUAUUUUUUUUUCACUGGACAUGGAAGUUGUGGUAUCAGUGCUGUUUGGAUGGUGUUGGCAUAGCUACAAGUAGUGACGACAUGGUCAUAUCCGAUGUGUGUACUAGUCUUUGGGGUUGCAUGUGAACCAAUGCAGUAACUUUGUCUGAUCUGUUUUUAUUUGUAAUUUGGUCUCUGCUAGAGGCCUCAAAGUAGACCAAAUAACGGUGCGAAAAAUAUCAGUUUUCAUAUUACUGUCAUGGCAGGUGUUUCUAAUUUUUCUUAAAAAUAAAAAAUCUGUUCAAUUUGC